AUGCUGCAGAAACAGCUGGCGUAUCCACUGGCCCCAACCGAUCUUGCUAAGACAUUACUUGCGCACCUCCUCCGUGGUGCAUGCGUGAUUCUAAUUACGCUAUUCUUGCUCCUUGUCAUAUAUGAAUUAACCACGAGACCAGCUGAAAUCGAGGGGUUGUUCUCGAUACCAGGCGAGUGGCCCAUUGUGGGCCAUCUUUACCAAGUUCUCGAUAAUCCGUCGUUGGUUUUCCAAGUGUGGGCGCAAAAGUACCACAGGCCCAUCUUCCAAAUCAGGCUCGGGGUGCGACGCGUUGUUGUCGUUAACUCGUAUAACGAAGUGGUGAAUUUAUGGAUCAACCAUUCGUGCCAGAACAACUCGCGACCGGUGCAUUACACUUUUCAUGGACUCGUGGGCUCGUUCCAGAAACUCACCAUUGGCUCGACGCCGGCGUGCGUGUCGUUCACCAAGAAGAAAAAAGUGCUUUCGGAGCAGCUCCAUCGACGCUCGAUAGAGUCCCGCAUCCCCAUCAUCGACAAGGAGGCCAACCGCGCCAUUAAGAGGUUGCUCAUGGACGAGAUUGGACCAGAUAGGGACUUGUAUCGCCAUUUGCAGUGCUUUGUUUUGGGAUGCAUCGUGUCGAUGGGCUACGGGAUUAAGCUAGACUGUUUCGGCAAGGAUAGGGCCCUCUGUGAUGAAAUCAUCAGCAACGAAGCAGAUAUCAUCCGCAUGCGGUCUCCGAUAUCGAACUUGCAGGACUCGGUGCCGCUCUUGCGACUAUUUCCGACGCUAACCAAUGGCAUCGUGGCACGACGGUGCGGAGCCAGGAGAGAUGUCUACAUGAACACGCUUCACGAGAGAUUGCUUAUGGGAAUGAUCCAGGGCUCAAACGAGUGUGCCUCUAGCAUAGUAGGCACAAUUACCUUGGAAAAGCACUUGAACAGAUUGAAGGAUCAGGAAAUCGGCAGCCUUUGCUUGACGUUGGUCAGCGCAGGAUUAGACAACACCUCGCUCAACUUGAGCUAUCUCUUGGGGGUGCUUUCGCAGCCGCAAUUGGGGCCACGCAUACAGCUGACUGCAUUGGCGGAAAUCUUGAGCAACGCCAAGGACGACGUUGUAGUGGCAUGGGAGCAGCUGAACCAGUACGAGAUGACCAAUUUGUACGUGACUGCGUUGGUGUUGGAAACAUUGCGCCAUUUCACCGUCUUACCUUUGAGCUUGCCGCGAGCAACAACCAAACCGAUCCACCACCACCAAAAAUUCACCUUGCCUGCCCAAACUGAGCUCUUGAUGAAUGCCUAUGCUGCCAAUCACGACUGCGAGAUUUUCCAAGACGCGCAGGCGUUUGCGCCGGAGAGAUGGAUCGAUGACGAGAAGCAUGCAAUCAAAGCGGUACCGCGAACCUAUCAGCAUUUUGCCUUUGGCGCCGGCUCAAGAAUGUGCGCGGGCCACAAUUUGGCGAUUAGAGAAAUGUACAUGUUUGUGGUGAGGUUCCUUUUGCUCUUUGAAGUGGGCAUGCCCACGUCUGCGUUGAUGAAGAUGGACCCCUUUGAGAAUAACCGCAAUGCGAGAGCCACUUCGUUCGAGCCGACGCCGCACCACGUAGAGUUGAAGCUUAGAAAAUUGCCGGGAUUUGAAAAACUACAUUGCUUGGUUUCUAAUGAAUAA